AUGAGUCCAUUCACCAGUGUGAAGCUGGUCCGAGAGUUGAGUGAAAGGGAGGCUGAUGUUGUGGUGGCUUCUGAGGCCUCCUGGCCCUCGGUGUACGAGGACAGUGCCUGGGUCUUCCUGGGAGGGUUUCCUUAUGAAAUGAUGGAAGGAGGUAUCCUCUGUGUGGGGGAGAUUGUUAACAUGAAUCUCGUGAGGGACAGCAAGAUAGGGAAGUCUAAAGGAUUCAGUUUUAUCUGCUGUGAAGACCAGAGGAGUACAGUUGUGGCGGUUGACAAUUUUAAUGGAAUCAAGAUGAAGGGAAGUACUACCCAAGUCGGUCACAUUUCUAACUAUCACCCUCUUGAGACUCAAGGUAUUGAAGAUGCCACCGGAGAGCUCCGGGAGAUGGGCCAUGGGGCUCAGACCCCUCCACCCAGUUCAUCUGAAGGCUCCAGUGACGAGGCACUUUCACGACAGCGCAAACACGAAAAACAGAAAAGACAUAGACCAAAGAGAAGAUUGCUGCACGAGUCAAAGACGAGGAGGGACAGGAGGAGCAGCCUUUGUCCAUGUCAGCUGGAGACCACAUUCAAAAGAAGGACUCCCAAGGCGCCAAUAGAUGUACCAAGGUGA